AUGAAAGACCUAUUAAAAGAAAACAAUCAGCAAAAGCAUCAGUUUAAGAGCUAUUAUUGUGCUAAAUGUCGCCAAUCUAAACCCUGUCAAUUAUUAACUGGUUGGAGUAGUGAGUUAAAGAACUAUUGUUGUCAGUGUUAUUAUGAGGGUGAAAGAGACAGAGAGGUAGAAUAUAGUUCAUUAGAAAAGGUUUUAGUUAGUAAGCAAAAGGAACGAGUAAGGAAAAUUAGGCAACUCCAAAUUUUAAGGGGUUAUUUAGGUUGUUCGGAGUGUGGAAGUAAAGAGGUAGAUGCUUAUAACUUGUAUGUUGAGAAUAAAUUAGUUUGUCAACCUUGUUUAGUUAGGGAAACAGGUGGGAGCAGUAGUCCCAUUAGUUUUUUGGGGCAGAGGAAGUGGUUUCAGAAAAGGUGGAGAAUUAACUUGGAUGAAUGGCUAACUAAUCAUCAGAGUUUACCGGUGAAUGCUGAAUGUGCGAGGGAAUGGUUAAAAGAUAAGGAACAUUUAAGUAAUUGUGCUUGUUUAGAGCAAGAAGCCAAAGAAGUCUAUUUAUUGGUUAAUGAUAAUCUAAAAAGGUGUCAAGAGCAGUUAAAAGAGUGUCAGUGUGAAGUUAGUCCCAAAGUGAGGGUGGACAGUGAUGAUUAUGCUUGGUGCGAGAAGUGUAAAGUUAGUAUUUCCGCAGCCAGCAAGAAAAGAGUGAUUAAAAAUAGGAAUGACCCGAGAUUUUGA